AUGGACAUCGCCGCUGGUCCGGAGACUCUGGCCCUGGCAGCCACCCCGCUCGAGCCGAUCUUUGUCGAGCGGAUCGGGCAGACAGUGGUGGGCGUUGGGGCCAAGUACGUGAGCGCGGGUUUGUCGCUGGUCAACGACUCCGCCUCAUACGAUCUUGAUGGUCUCAACGGCGAGGAGGCCGCAGCCAUUCUCCGGAACCAGCAGGCAGCGCUGGCCGAGGGCCUCGGCUUGGGUUCGCGGGCGGACGCGUGGUCGGCCGACGCGCAGAAGUCCUCGCAGGUGCUGGCCCGCCUCGCCAACGACACGGACGCGAAGCGCGCGCUGGCGACCCUCCGUAAGUCUGCGCAGGCGGCCGCGGAGGAGGAGGGCGUCUUCGCUUGCUUCUCCCCGUCGCUGACCACCUACAUCGGCGGGGCGCGCCCCGACCCGAGCCACGAGUCGCGGGUGAAGUCGUUGCGUGAGCACGACGAGCAGUCGGAGGGGUUCGCCAUCGUGCUGGCGCAGCUCAAGGACGCGAAGGGCGUCUCCUCGCUUGCCCGCGCCAUCGAGCAGGCAGCGGCCGCCGUGCCAGUCAUCAGCGCAGCUCUGACUGCGGGGCAGCUGACGACUGGCGACGUCUCCGCCCUCGGCGCGAUCAGCCCCUCCGUCACCGAGGCAGUCAGCGAGCUCGUGGACAAGGCAACCGCUGCCGGCACGUGCGCCGAGGACAUCGCCGCUGCUGUGGAC